CGAAUAAUUCAAGAUCUAGCGCUAAUUGAGAGGUUAGGGUUUAAUAACAACGGGUCACGGAAGCGAAGUAAACACGCGCUGGAAGCAGUCGGCACCACUGUACACUAUAUACAGUAUGAUAGUAAACACAUAAACAAAACAGGGGCAACAAUGGUGUAAAUACGUGACACCGAUUAAUCGAUCGUCAUUUGUCGUUAAUUAUUGCAAAUUUAAUAUUUUCCGAUCACAAAUAAAUUGAAAAGCAUUAUUUUUUAUUUACAUUUUAACGUAUACUUUGAUCUUGUAAAACAUUAAAUUGAUAGAGACAAAAUUAUUCAUAUCUAGGUUUUUCUAUUUGAAAAAAUAUUCCAAUCCUGAUUUCGCGCGCUUACGAAAACGUACGAACUGCGCACACGCGUACGCAAAAGGAUAAAAAUAACAACAAAAAGUUAGGUUAUGUUUUACUAAGUUGCACUUCUUUCUUCACAAUCAUGUAAUUUAGUAAAGAGUUAAAAUAAACCAAUUCCAUCCUAAAUAACAAAUAAACGAACAACAACGAAUAAUUAUUGCUCCAAAAAUACAUUGUCUCAUUUUCUUUCACCAUCGAACGUAAAAAACAUAACAAAUGAAGUACGUUCCUAACGUUCUCAGCUUACAGUGAAUUCCGGCCAAAAUAUCAAAAACUCGACUGAAACGUCCCAAAAAGAGUAUAAAAUAAUUUUAAGAGAUGGAUGAGAUAGUUACAAACUUAAACAUAAAAAUUCUGGCGGCUCAAAAGCAUGAAAGUUUAUCGUAUGCCUUCAUGUCCGCCGAGACUGACGAAAUUCGAAUGGUGUUUACAUAUUCCGUCCUCGAGGAAUUUCGCCUCAUCCCGACAUCGAAAUGUGAGAAAAAGGACUCUGCUGAGUCCACUAAACUUAGAAACCAAGGAAAUCGCAUUUUCGUAGGUAAUCCGAAUAACGCAUCAGAAUAUGUCAAAGCCUGGGAACUGUAUUGCAAGGGUGUAGCAUUUGCUUCAAAUAAUACAGAGGAACUCGCCCUGGCUUUCGCAAACAGAUCUGCCAUCCUGGUUCAUUUUCAAAAAUAUUCAGAGGCCGUGAAAGACAUCGAUCGAGCACUCGAUUUAAAUUAUCCAGAUCACUUGAAGGCGAAAUUGCUUCUUCGAAAAACGGAAUGCUUGGCUUCUUUAGGAAGUUCGAAAACAACGAGUGCCUACGAAGAAACUUUGGAAUGGCUCGAUAAAAUGUCUCUUGAUAAUUCGAGUCGCAUGAAAUUUAAAGAGAAAUUUAAAGAGAAAUUGAAAGAUGUCAGCAAGAUUUCGAAUGUGAAGGUGAAUGGUAAUUCCGAACCAGUUGUUCCUGUCAUUAAGCCACAGGAUGAAAUCCUUUGUGCUACCAAUGGUUUGGCUGUGAGAUAUGAUGAUAAAUUUGGAAGACAUGUAGUUACUACUCGUAAAGUUCAACCUGGCGAGAUUCUGGCUGUUGAGAAACCUUAUUCUCUGAUUCUUGCGACGGAAAAUAUGUACACGCAUUGUGCUCACUGUUUGAGGAUUGCUUGGGCAAGUAUUCCGUGUGAGCAUUGCGUUUUUGUGGUUUAUUGCUCAGAAAAUUGCAGGGAUGUGGCGUGGAAGAAGUAUCAUGAUAUUGAAUGCCCGGUAACUGGUCUUUUGUUGAAUUUGGAUAUGAACAAAUUAGGCCUUUUUAGCAUGAGGAUUGCUAUUUUGGCUCUAAGAGAGUUUAGUAGUUUGGAAAAAUUGAGAGCUGAGUUGAUCGAAAUUGACAGUUGUGAGGAUCCAAGAACAAAAGGAUUCUCGCAAGAUGGAAAGCUCUACAGUAACAAAUAUCGGAGCAUUUACAGUCUUGUUACAAAUACGGAAAAAAGAUCGUUACCAGAUAUUUUCGGCAGAGCCAUGAACGCGGCAUUUAUUGUCUAUUUUAUUGCAACACACACAUCUUUCUUUGAGCAAACUUUCGAUAAAAACGAUUUGACAUCGAUGAUUUUAAACGAAGAUGUCAUGUUUGUUGGAGGAUUAAUUUUGCGCCAUCAGCAAAUUAUUCCGAGUAACAUGCACACUUUUGGGGAAGAGCGCAGUUUGGAUUCAGCCGAUCGUGGAUCUGCAGCUCUGCCUUUUUACAGUUUGAUCAAUCAUAGUUGCGAUCCUAACGUUUCGCGGAAUUCAUUAGCAGAACAUGUCGUCCUUUAUGCGUUAUAUCCAAUGGAAAAAGGAACCCAGCUUUUUGAUAACUAUGGCAACCAUUACGCUAUAAUGCCUAAAGCAGAGAGACAAAGGAAAUUAAUGAGGCAAUUUUAUUUCAAAUGUGAGUGCACACCUUGCCAGAAAAAUUGGCCGAUGUAUCUCGAAUUGCCUUCUUUUCACACAUUGAUAAAGUCGCGUGGAGAUAGAAUCAAAGUGGAAAAAUCCCUCCAAAAGUUUAACGAAUACGUGGAUUUGGCAACAGAAGGAAAAGUAUCUGAUAAACCUUACUUGAUAAGCGACUUAACGAGAAUGAUUGAAGUUUUAUUAAAAUACGUGACUCUUCCCUGCGUGGAAGUAAAUAAUGUGGUUGAAACUUUGAAACGUGUGUUUGCUUUACACGGAAACCGGUUUGAAAUACCAGAUCUGAAACGGGUAUAAUUGUACUACUUCGUAUUUUAAAUACGAAUGAAAGUACGAAAUUAUGUCAGUGUCAAUUUGCGAGAUUUAAUCUUCAGCACUUUUUAAAGCUUUGGGUAUUAAAUAUCCUAGUCACUUGUUCAAAAAAGCUUUCUGAGUCUAACAAAACAUAGUAUGUAUGUUUAAAAUAGUUUAUAUUUCGUGUGACAACGAUACGUGUUAGUAAGAGAGAUUAUUAUAUUAUAUAAUUCAUCGAAAGAGCUUUAUAUCCAAAUAUUUUUGUAAGCCAUAUCGGAUUUUAAGACUUAACCACUUUUUAAUUAAUUUAUAUAACUUUAUCCAUAGUUAAUGAUCAGUUAGACGUUAAUAUUUAUAUAAAAAAAACAUUAUUUAAAUUUUCAACAACGAACUAAAAUAUUUUAAAAAUAGGAGACUAUUUAUCAUUUUGUCUGUAUUUGUGUUGGUUUAUUGCAAUAGUACGCCCUUAGUCUUUAUUAGAUUCAUUUUUCCAUUUUUAGAAAUGUAGAAGCUUGUUCUGAGAUUAUUGUUAAGUAUUAAUAUGUUAGCGAUGUCAGAGAGGAUUUGACUUGAAUAUGAAAUCUGUUUUCUAGGCUUAAGCAUUGAUAUUUUGGAUAUUUAAAUUUUAUGCUGCUUUUUAAAUGUAUGCAAUGUUUAUAUUUUAAGCAGAGUGUUUAAUCCGUAUUUUAAUAAAGUUGAGACGAACGUUGUUUCGUCUCCCAGUGACAAUAUAUGCUCAAAGACUUGACUUUAAGAGACUCUAAUAAAUGUAUUUGUGUGAGAAAUUGA